AUCUCUGUCAUUCUAGUUUAUUUUCGCAUAAUGUUAAUUAUGUUUGGUAGUUUAAAUUUAACUUAAGUUUAAUUUGGGAAAUUAUGUAUAAUUUAAUUCGGAAAUGUUUUUGAGGAAGAAGCAUUAAUUUAAAUAAAAAAAUGAUUCCCUCUCAUCAUAGAAACCCCGGGCAGGGUGUACCACCACGCAAGAAGAUACAGUUGUCAUAUGUCAUAAGGGAUGAAGUAGAAAGGUUCCACAGGUCUGGGGUGAACAGUCUGAAAUUUGAUCCACUCCUGGAUAGGUUGUACUCCGCUGGCAGGGACUCGGUUAUUCGUAUGUGGGAUGUUGAAAAUAGACACGAUUGCUACAUAAUGUCCAUGGAGCAUCAUAACGAUUGGGUCAAUGACAUUGUUGCUUGCUGUGAUGGAAAGACAUUAAUAUCAGCCUCAUCAGACACAACAGUCAAAGUUUGGAAUGCACACAAAGGCUUUUGCAUGUCGACAUUAAGAACUCAUAAGGAUUAUGUGAAAGCACUGGCCUAUGCAAAAGACAAGGAGCAUGUUGCCAGUGCAGGUUUAGACAAGGCCAUAUAUCUCUGGGAUGUCAACACUCUGACGGCUCUAACUGCAUCCAACAACACUGUUACAACAUCUAAUCUUCCUGGAUCCAAAGAUUCUAUCUACAGCAUAGCAAUGAACAACUCCGGAUCGAUUGUUGUCUCGGGUUCCACUGACAGACUGAUUAGGGUCUGGGAUCCGAGGUCUUGCCAAAGACUCAUGAAACUUCGGGGCCACACUGACAAUAUCAAGGCUCUUGUUUUGAAUAAGGACGGAUCACAGUGUUUAUCUGGCAGUUCAGAUGGUACCAUCAAGUUGUGGUCUCUUGGUCAGCAGAGAUGUGUGGCCACUUACAAGAUACAUACAGAAGGAGUCUGGUCAAUUCAGACGAACGAAAGUUUCACUUCUAUGUACUCUGGUGGUAGAGAUGGCAAGCUGUGGGCUACGGACAUCAGGAAUCCUGACAACAGGACACUUAUUUGUCAGGAGUCCUCUCCGAUACUUAAGGUUGAGUUAGGAUCAGUUGAGUCAAAUUCCAUUUGGGUGGCAACCAGUGAGUCAUCGAUUCAUAAUUGGUCAUUAAAGCCAGAGCAGUGUGGAUCAGGUGGUGGUGAUGAUGAUGUGGUCAGCAAACGGGUAUCAUCAUCAUCACCGUCAUCAUCACCUUCAUCAUUUACUCCUAAGUUGUUGAAGACUAUAAAAGGCGGUCCAGCAAUAAAACAGUAUACAGUACUAAGCGACAAAAGACACAUUUUAACAAAGGACUCAGAUGGACAUAUGGCAAUUUAUGAUGCCCUGACUGCAAUGAAAGUUGAAGAUUUGAAAAAUGAAGAUUAUGAUGAAGUGGUAAAAUCCAGGUCGAAAAUGCUGUUCAUCCCAAACUGGUUUACAGUUGAUCUCAAAAUUGGGUUGUUGAUGCUGCAUCUUGACGAGGCGGAUUGUUUCCAGGCGUGGGUGUCUGCCGCUGACGUUGGAUUGGAGCUACCUGAUGAAGCAUCUGAACAGAAAGUGAACCUGGGCAGUUUAACACUGCAGGCCUUGUUGGAAAACUGGCCACCAGCACGCAGCCAAUCAGAUACUAAUGAAAUAGAUUGUCUAGACAAGAGACCGAUCAACAAUUUUUUCAGCGUUCCAACGCACACACCCAUCAUCUUCAGUGAUGUUGGGGGCAGAACCAACCUGAGAGUAACUUGUAGGGACACAGGAUCAGAUGUAGAGCAAAACCUUCUCGGCGAAUCCGUGCCGCAGUGGGUGACCGACGUCGUUGUUCAGAAAAUUCAGCCUCCAUUAACUAAAAUUGCUUUCUCGCUUCUACCUUACUGCGGCCCUGCCACCAAGAAUGUCGUACCUCAGCUGAAAAAGGAGCGCUUGUCGGCAAAUGACAUGAUUCAAAUAAAGAAAGUGAUCGAGCAUGUAUGGGACAAGAUGCUGGGUCAGUGUGUGGACAACGGCAUGGCUGUGGAUGAAGGCGCUGCGGCGGCUACACAUCUUCAAUCUGAUGAAAAAGUUGACAUACUUUGCAAUGAUCAAGUUUUGGAUGUGAACAUGGAUUUGAGAACUGUGAAGCACUUCAUCUGGAAGCAAGCAUCUGAUCUAGUCCUUUAUUAUCGAAUCAGUAAUGAAAAAACAUCAACCACCUGUUAAGCACCAUUUAUUUCAUGACAGUGUGCUAAAUCAGUCAGUUGCAAUCUUCGUAAUGUCGGUUCUACCUGAUGAUUCAACUGACUUCAAUUCAGCCAGUCACGGCAAAUAACUACAAUUUCAAUGUUCGCCGUUGUAAAUUUUGUAAAAUUCUUAUAAUGAAAUGGAAAUUAUGACCGAAUGUGUAAAUCGCAUUUUUUUUCUAUAAAUUAAAAACAGUAAAACUAAUGAACAAAAAUAAUUUAAAAACGAUCGCGAUUUGAUUGAUGUUUUUUUUUAUUUUCUCGUUCAAGGACUGCACUCGUUCGAUGCUUAAUCGUUUUCUUAAUUAGCAUCAUUAAUGAAUUGUAAAUGUUUUUCUUUACUUAUUCACUUUUUUAUUUUUAGAGUCAUUAUUCUCAUUGAAUUGUAAUGGUCGAGCUUUGCCAAAA